AGAGCACGCAGUAUGGCAGGGUCACACUCACACUGGAGGCCACCACGUUCAUGUGACGUCUACUGGUGUGAAUUCAAGCACUGCAAGAGUUUAUUUAACAGAUUCCAUGAAUACUACUCCUAUGGCAGAGCACCGGACUGCCAGCAGUGGAAAGAAGACUUUUACACCUGCAAAGAGUGGGAGAAAAACAACAGCACACAGGCCAAGAAAUCCCUCCAGGAGAGCGAGAGGAAGCGGGUCGCUGAGCAGAGGAAGUUCACUCCGGUCUGGGAGCUUCGGCAGACGCCUCCGGCUGAUUGGCACCUGCCUCUCAACCAGGGCAAACCACAGGACUCAUAAAGGACUAUUUGUGACGCAAGAAAGUACUCGAGUUGCAUGAACAUCUGCUGGGAAUCUCCUCACACUACCUCUCCUGGACUGAUGCACUUCUGUCCUGUUGCAGAUCUGAUUUGCUCAGUGCAAAAAGCAGCUUAAAAAGUCUUGAUCAAGUUGGUGCAGAACCCAAAUAUGGAAUUAAUAAAGUCAACGUUGAAGUAUAAGCAUUUCAUGAGAAAGUCAAUAUAUCUCACAAAUAAGAAAGGAAUAUUAUCCCACUUCUGUUUAUU